AUGGCGAUGGCGCUGUCGUGGCGAGGCGGGUGGCGGGCGCGAGCGGCGCGCGCGCUGCUGCUGGCGCUGUGGGGGCUCGCCGUGCUGGGCCUGUCGCGCCUGCUCGCGCCGCGCGCCGCGCCCAGCCGCGCCCCCCGGCCCGCCGCCCCGCCCACCUACUGGCAACUGGCCCACAAACAACGCAGCCGCUACAACCACUCGUCCCAGACGAAGGCCUGCGCGCGGGCCCCCUCCGCCUGCGAGCUCGUACUCUCCGACGCGUAUUGGCAGACGCUGCGCUCGAGCGGCGGCGACGUCCUGCUGUACGGCGCCUACCUCGACGUGCGCAGCGCGUCGCGGCUCGGCCCCGCCGUGCGGCUGCUGGCCGUGCGCGGCCGCACCAACCGCACCACCACCACGCACUGCCAGCUGUGGUACGAGGACCGGGCCGACGACGUCGUCGUGGAAGUGGUGGAGCACACUCCGGUGUGGAACAGCAAGUGGAGCAGACCCCGCGCCGGCGAGCUGCAGCCGUACCUGCUGGCGUGCGUGCUGCCGGUGGCCGCGCGCGCCAAGCGGCCCGCCGCCGUGUCGCUGGUGGAGCGCCCGUGCGACCAAGCCACCAACUGCCUGCAAGUGCAGUUUGACGUUCCGCCUGAUUGCUCACAGAAGGAAUUAGCCGUCUGCGUCAAGGGCCUCGACUUCCCUCGCGACGACCUAUCCGUGCGUCUCGUCGAGUGGAUCGAGCUUGUGCGGCUGCUCGGUGCCGACCAAGUAUUCUUCUACCAAGUUCAAGUCCACCCCAACAUGAGCAAAGUGCUCGAGUACUACCGCGCGCGGGGCGCGGUGGAGGUCACGCCGAUCACGCUGCCGGCCGAGCGCGGGGCGGGGCGGGGCUGGGCGCCGCGCCUGCGGGACAAGUACCUGAAGAAGAAGAAGACGAUGCACGAGCGGCGGAUGGAGCUGGUGUCGUACAACGACUGCCUGUACCGGCACAUGUACCAGUACCGCUGGCUGGCGCUGCUGGACGUGGACGAGGUGAUCGUACCGCUGCAGGACCCCGACUGGAGCUCGCUGCUGAAACGGGUGCUGCCUCUGGCCGAGCUCACCCGGGCUACCUGGAAAUCGCCACUGUCAUCCUACCACGUGUCGAACUUGUAUUAUUUGGAGACGCCGGAGCUGGAGCCGGGCGUGCCGCAGCACAUGUACAUGCUGCAGCAGGUGUACCGCGUGCGCAACUUGUCCGCGCCGGGGACACACGUGAAGGCGUUCCACGAGACGGGGCGCGUGCUGACGCUGCACAACCACUUCCCGCGAGUGUGCCUCAGCGGGGCGUGCACGAGCCACGCGAUCGCCCCGGCGCAGGCGCGGCUGCAGCACUACCGCGGCGCCCGCGGGCCCGGCGGCGGCGGCGGCGGCGGCGCGCCGGUGCGGGACACAGCGUUGCGGCGCUGGGCAGCGCGCCUCGUGCCGCGCGUCGCCGCCGUGCUCGCCGACCUGCAGUUAACGCCGCCUGAGAGUCUUGCCUGAUGUUCCGAGCUCUGAGCCCCGCAGCGGCGGAACUUUGGUUUCUUAAACCCGUCACGAGUUCUGUUUUUACAACACAUUAAACCUUUCUAUUCCUAUUCUACCCACUAACAUGUUCCGCAAGACGAUACGUUGGAUCGCCCCAACAAGAAAAGCAUCAGAGCUUAUAUACAUCUUGUUGCGUUAUAACAGCAAAACACUUUCUCACUCUUUCUUCCGGUGUUGCAUAAAUUUGAUGUAAUCGAGUUUGGUAUUGUAAAAAUUGUAUUACUGAUUGUUGAGUGAUUGUUGAUAUGUUUGUGAAACGUCGAGAAUAGUAAAUUAAUAAUCCUUCUCAUCUGACCUUAUUGUUUUUAUUUGAGUCCAUGAUGAAUGGACCAUUUAUUUUUGUAUUGUCGUCUCUCUCAUUCACAUUAUUUACUACCCAAUCUACUCUAUUCUUCUCUAUUAAUCAUAAAUGUUAAUGCCAGAGCUUUUCCCUGUUACCCUGAUUACUUUCUGGACACGUCAAGUGACGCGUGACACUUCUCUGCCUGGAUACCACACAUUUGCUUUCCAUUUGCAUAGCUACUCAAAUAAGUUGGGGCAUCUUCUGGAAAUUUUAGCAAAAUGAUGUUCUGAACUAAGUGUAUAGUAUAGGCACAGUAUAAUAAAGAUUACUAUCGUACAGUAUGGCCACUUCCGC